UCGCUGUUUUACGAGUCAAGGGCAUGCAGCUGCACCCGAGUGCAUUCUACGUGUCAGCAUUGGUCCUCUUGGCAGCUCUUCUGGGCGAUGCCUGUUGCGAUGAUAGAGCGACGUGGUACAACGGGUUACGAACCCUCCUUAAGAAUUGUCCUUUGGAUCCUUGGAACAACUCCGAGCAGGACUUUCUGGAGAAGUUCCGGGCAUGCGUGCAGGAACACGCGCUCGCCACGCUGGACUCGCUCCUGGCCAAUGACGUCAUACCGGUGUUCGACGGGCUGAAUUUGAUCAGAUUGAACGAAGACAGGGUGAAUUCUACGGAUAAUUACACGGAGAGCGAUGUGGAUGACGAUACCAAUUGGGCUAGCGUUGUUGUAAGGCGAAUAUUGCGGGUGCUACGCACUCAUGUAUUUAAGGUCGACGUGAAUCACUUGGCCAACAGUCUUGCCUCUGUCAAUAGCACGGAUGUGGACAGUCACAGAAUUCAAGGUCGCAGACGUCGUCACCGUAACAGAUACAACCACAUGGUCCCUUUUUUGAUGAUGGGCUUCCUACUGAUGGGGUCGAUCCUCGUACCAAUGGGCUUCCAGUUCCUGGCAGUUCUCGGUGGCAAGGCAUUGCUGCUAGCAAAAAUGGCCCUGAUCCUGUCCAGUAUCCAAGGACUGAAGAAAAUAGCGACGAACGGUGUGAAUUAUGGACUGUAUCACACCCACGACGGUUGGCACGAAAGGAGCCACACGGAGCCGCCUCCGCAUUUAGAUCUACCCUUCCCGCCGUACCCCCUCCGGCCGUAAUCCUUUCGAACCACCGUUACUCCGGUCCUCCAUUAAAUUCCUUCCCUGCGGACGAGAAAAUCCCCUUGUAUCGACCACCGAACGCUCCGAGCUCGCCUUGUGCAUCGAAAAACAGGGCCCGAUUGUAAAUCUCCUAUAAUGGGAUUCCCGUUCAUCAGCAGCUUCGGUUAUCAAGGUGCAAGAAUGUUCAAUCAAGAUCAACGGUGGCCAACUUCAAGAGGAUGAUUGUAAAAGUUGCGAACGACGUUUAUUAACAUUUCCUUACGACUGUAAAACCUUGCAUCCUAACUCUCCCAUAAGUUCCAACUAUCACUUAACUUUAAUAGUUAAGAGUACCUCGUAAGAAUUCUAAGAUAAAUUAUAACCGACAGUAAAAUAAAAUAUGUCGCAGCUCCUCCUCUC